AUGAAUGAAUGUGGGAUUGUUCACAGAACAACGGCACCAUAUCACCCAAACUCAAACGGCCAGGCUGAAAGAUACGUGCAGACUGUCAAGAAGGCGUUAAAAUCCAUGGAGGGAGAAAAGGGUACACUGCCAAAUAAAAUCCAAAGGCUUGUAAUGCAACUCAGGCAAUCCCCGAAUUCAACUGGUACAUCAGCAUACGACUUAAUGUUUGGAAGGAGUGUACGAACAAACCUCGCAAUAAUUGUUCCAACAUUAGAACCGAACAAAUUUCAGAACAAGGGACUCCAAGUCGGUAUAAAAAGGAAUUUCAAAGUUGGAGAUAAGGUUCAAGCGCGGGUAUAUGUCAAUGGAUCAUCCAAGUGGUACUCGGGCUAUAUAACUGAAAAGCAAGGACACGUAAUGUACGUAGUUCAGCUGGAAGAUGGGCGAAUAACUAGAAGACAUGUUGAUCAGCUGAUUCUUCGCAGAGUGCCUCAGCACAGUAAAUAG